AUGAUACGGGAUAUGGCGGGAAGGAUGAGCAGGAAGAGGAAGGAGAAGAAGAAGAAGAGGGGGAGCAGCAGUGAGAGGCAGACUCCAGGAGAGACGUCACCGAGCGAGGAUGAGGAUGAGGACGAGUAUGAGUAUGGGAAUGGACGGGAUGUGCGUGGUGUGGCGCGGCGGAUGCUUGAUGCAGGUCCAGAUGCAGAUGCAGACGAUGAUGAUAAUGCGGAUGUUGCUGCUGUGGGUUGA